AUGAGUAAGCAAUAUUGGACGCCUACAUCUGCACAACUUCAAGUUCUUGAGUCUAUAUUUAAUCAAGAGAAUAAAACCCUAAACAAGUUAAGGAUCAUGCAGAUAGUCUCCGAACUAUCGCUGCAUGGAGAAAUCUCUGAUAUGAAUGUUUAUAAUUGGUUUAAGAGCAAACGUGCUCGUUUAAGAAGGCUGAACUUAUCCACACAAUCACACGAUUCUGAACUUGUAAUUCAGCCAAGGGUACAAAAAGACAAAUUGUAUAAGAGACAUAUAGAUUCUAUUGAUCAGUAUGUCGAAUUACAGAAGGAUCUUCAUGUUGAUGAAAGCAUUGACAUGAAAAAGCAAUUUGAAAAUGACAAUAUGCAAUCUCAAUGUGGUUCACAUGUUCCUAUCAUUUUAGAUCGUUCUAAGAAAAUUGAUAUACAAAAUAUUCCAGUUGAACCUUAUAUUCUUCCGUCUUUAAUAGACUACAAAAUUUCAGAUAGGUUAAGUGAAUCAACUUUGAAAAAGUUAAUAGAUAUCUUAAAGAUAAAUCCAUAUUGUCGUUUCUUUCGAUCAUUAAGUGAAGUUUCUGAUUUUGAUUCAUGCUGUAUCGUGUUGAGGUCUGAUCCGGAUCUCGACCGGAGAGUGUAUAACAUGUCAUCAUGUGAACAGGUGGCUGCAGUGUGGGUUGAUGAGAAUCCAUCUGCAAGCAUAAAGACUCGUGAUAAAUUAAUUUAUGGGCAUUCCAAUAUUGCACAUAGAGUAAAUUACUACUAUAACUGUUAUGAUCCACUUCAAUAUCAAUUAAUUUUUACCUAUGGAGAACCUGGAUGGCAUGAAGGUAUUGAAAAGUUUUUUAAUCUUUUUAGAGUGCAUAAAUGUAUUCUCAUUUCUAGAUCCGUCUUUGUGACUUUAAGUUUUUUUCCUUUCAGCUAUGAAGAGAGGCAGACUUCUACAAUAAUAUAUAAUGGAUAUGCAUGGUUUAUUGGGGGUCUUAGAAAUUUAACUAAAAGAUAUAUGAAUGCAAUGUGUUUAGUUCAAAGAUAUGGAAAACUUGAUGUAUUUUUAACAAUGACAUGCAAUCCAAAUUGGCCUGAAAUUAAACAAGAAUUGAGGCACAAUGAUAGUAUACAAAAUAUGCCAAAUUUGUUAGCCCUAAUAUUUCGAGCAAAAUUUGAAGAACUAAAAAUAGAUUUAAUAAAGAGAGAAAUUCUAGGGUCUAUAGCUGCCUAUGUGUAUGUAAUUGAAUUCCAAAAAAGAGGUCUACCUCAUGUUCAUUUUCUUCUGAUAUUUAAAACGAAUUUUAAGAUUACUAAUUCUAUGCAAGUUGACGAAAUUGUUUCUUGUGAAAUACUAGAUCCAAAGAGAAAUCCUCACCUGCAUGCUACUGUGGUCAAACACAUGAUGCAUGGUCAUUGUGGACAAUUAAAUCCUACAAAUAUGUGCAUGAAAAAUAACCAUACUUGUAAAAACAAAUAUUCAAGAGAAUACAUUUUGCAUACUUCAUUAGGUAGUGAUUCAUAUCCACUUUAUAGGCGUCGUGACGAUGGUGUUACUGUUAGGACAAAUAUUUAUACAAAUAUGUAUACAAAAGGACAUGAUCGUGUUAAUUUUACGGUGAAUAAAGAAACUAAUGAGCAUUAUGUUGAUGAGAUUUCGAAUUAUCAAACCGCUAGAUGGAUAUCUGCACCGGAAGCUAUAUGGAGAAUUUUUAGUUUUGAUUUAUUCGACAUAUCUCCUUCUGUAGUGUCUUUGCAGUUGCAUAUUGAAAAUACUCAGUUGGUUAUGCAUAUGGCACGAACUUUACUUUAUAAGGAUUUUCCUACAUACUUUGUAUGGAAUAUAUAUUUUCGAGUUUGGAGUCCUAGAAAAAAGCAAAAUGUUAUUGGUAGAAUAGUUGCUGCUAAUCCAUCUGAGGAUGAGAGAUACUUUCUAAAAGUUUUAUUGAAUCAUGUUAAAGGGCCUAAGUCUUUUCAAGAUUUAAGAACAGUUAAUAACAUUGUUGUGCCUACUUAUCGCGAAGCUACAUUUUUUCAUGGUCUAAUAGGUGGGAAUAAUUAUUGUGAAAUGUGUUUAAAUGAGGCUAUCACCUAUGAAAUGCCUAUAUCAUUGCGUCGCCUCUUUCCUAAUGUGUUAAUUUUUUGUAACCCUGCAAAUUCUAGGAAUUUAUGGGUUAAAUUUAUAGUGUACAUGAUAGAAGAUAUUUUACAUGCAAGCAUGACAGUAGGUGAUGCCGAGAUUAGGGUUUUGAGAUGUAUAAAUUCAUUCUUGGAAGUUUUUGGUACAAACAUAAAUGAUUUUGGUCUGCUAGAUUUUGACGUUAUUGUGAAUGAUGCUGAUGUGUUAGCAAACAUGAUUUUAGAAGAGACUACAAAUAUUAAUGUUCAGUGUGACAUGCAUUUUACAGAGAAUUUAAAUAAGGAACAACAAUCUGCCCAUGAUGUUAUUUUAGACUGUGUUGUAAAUAAUAAAAAUGGAGUUUUUUUUAUUGAUGGUCUAGGAGGUAUUGGAAAAACUUUUCUGUACAAGGCAUUACUUGCUUUAGUACGAUCUCGACAACUUAUUACAUUAGCAACAGCGUCAUUGGGAGUGGCUGCUUCUUUAUUGCCUGCUGGUCUAAAAGAGGAUAUUUUCUCUGCUAAUCCAUCUUGUUUCAAGGAGAAUAACAUUGAGCUAUACAAGGGUAAGAUCAUUAUCUUUAAACAUGUCCUUCAUAAUAUUCCAUGUUCAACAUAUCUUUAUUUAUUUGGGACUUACAGGGAUGAAGAAAGCAUUCGUUAUUACAGAUAUCUACCGCAAUCUUUCGUCUAUAUAUACUCAUCCUAUCCGACGAAACUGAUUUAA